CACGCAGGAUGCCAGGCUCCAGAACUGGCCGGAAAUGAAGACCAAUCACUGACGGAAGAAGAAAGAUGGACGCGGCAGUGUUCAUUCUGUCACUGGUAGACUGCUGUGCACUGAUUUUCCUCUCGGUCUACUUUAUUAUCACCCUGUCUGAUCUAGAAUGUGACUACAUUAAUGCUAGAGCCUGCUGCUCCAAACUGAACAAAUGGGUAAUUCCAGAGAUGGUUGGCCAGUGUCUCUCCACUAUGCUGAUGUUGGUCUCCAUGCACUGGUUCAUCUUCCUCCUCAACCUGCCUGUAGCAGCCUGGGACAUUUACAGGUACGUGAAGGUUCCGAUGGGAAACAUGGGCGUGUUCGACCCCACUGAGAUCCACAACCGAGGUCAGCUCAAGUCCCACAUGAAGGAGGCCAUGAUUAAACUGGGUUACCACCUGCUCUGCUUCUUCAUUUAUUUGUACAGCAUGAUCCUGGCUCUGAUUAACGACUGAAGCACCCAGCAAGCUCUCUGACCCCAGCUGCCAAAUUCCAAACUCCAGGGUUCGCUGUUUUCCCCCUCACAUCCUGCUUCCUGCUCCUGUACCGUAUGCGUAAAAUCUCUUAGAACAGCAGAGAGAAGUUUACUUUCGCUGUGGUCUUACUGAGGUUCACACUGUUAUCGGUCUUGUCAGAAUCCCAGAGUUUUGACUUUGAUAUAAUACUAAGGUUAAUAUUUAACCAUUUAACACUUCAGUACCACCAAAAUCUCCUACAGCCGCUGUGUUUUAUUGUGAAGGGGAAUCAGUUUUUUUUUCUAUCUCUAGCUACAACAGGGAGUAACCAAUCAACAGCAGUUACACAGCUUCUAGUGGCUGUAAGAAAUAUUAGACAUGUUGACAGUAGAGUGAGUAGAGGCUUCCUAGAGCAGAUAGUACUGAGUAAUAUCAGUGUUCUGUCUGUCUGAAUAUAAGGUGGAACACGUUUUUCUUUACCACCGAAGCCCAAUUGGGAAAAAUGCCAUUAUUGCCUCAAACCUCAAAACACAGUCUGACUUGAUGUGCCCCCCACCCAGUAAUGUACCACUUUAGCCUUAUGUUGAGCACCUAAAUAUUAUUGCUUUGCCAUUUCUCAAAGUCUUUUGUUUUCAGGACUCUGACAGAUUUUUCAGCCUCUGUAGUUGAUUUAGUUUCACUACGUAGUUGGUGACAGCAGCACCUUCCACAGGGGAGCAGGUAAAGCUGGGAGGAGGACACAGGCAGGACCACUUUUGUGACUUCACAUUCGUAUUGCAAAUGCUCAAGAGGCCUGUAUUUAAACAAACCACAGUUGGUAUUAAGGGCCCCAAUGUGUGCCAAGAAAGUAUCCCCCACACCACUGCACCACCACCACCAGCCUGAACCAUUGACACAAGGCAGGAUGGAUCCAUGGAUUCAUGUUUACAUCAAAUUCUGACCCUACCAUCUGCAUGUGGCAGUAGAAAUCGUUUUACCAAUCUUCUAUUGUCCAGUUUUGGUGAGCCUGUGCCACUGUAGCCUCAGUUUCCUGUUCUUAGCUGACAGGAGAGGAACCCACUGUGGUCUUCUGCUGCUGUAGCUGAUCAACUUCAAGGUUCGACGAGUUGUGCGUUCAGAGAUGCUCUUCUCCAUAGCACUGUUGUAACACCUGGUAAUGCUUCCUGUCAGCUUGAACCAGUCUGCUCAUUGUCCUCUGACCUCUCUCAAUAACAAGGUGUUUUCGCUGCCACUCACUGGAUGAUUUUUAUUUUUGGCACCAUCUCUGUAAACUCUAGAGACUGCUGUGUGUGAAAACCCCAGGAGAUAAGCAGUUUGUGAUAUAGGCCUACUCAAACCACCCUGUCUGGCACCAACAACCAUUCCAAGUCAAAGUCACUUUGAUCACAUUACUUCCCCCAUUCUGAUGUUUGGUCUGAACAACUGUUGAACCUCUUGACCAUGGCUGCAUGCUUUUAUGCAUUGACUUGCUGCCACACGAUUGGCUGAUUAGACAUUUGCAUUAACGAGCAGGUGUACCUAAUAAAGCGGCCACUGAGUGCAUGUUCUGGUCAUUUAGAGCGGUGGCACAGUACAGAGCUCUGUCAGCUUGUGUGUGUGUAACACUUCCUGCUCAGGGCUGCAGAGGGCCGCGUGCCCGGGCCGGCCCCGGGCUCGGCUCCUGCCAGCAGUUUAUGAAGGCUUUUAGCUGUUGGGUUAGCAAGAAGCAGACUGAGAGCGCCGCCACUCUGCUGUUGAUCUACAGCCUGCGCUCACCUGCAGUGUCUGACACCAUCGCUCCAGUCAUGCCUUGUCAGCCCAGUCAGCAUGUUGAAUUGAGAGACAGUCGGAGCUUUCUGAUUGGCCGUUCGGUCAUCAGUUUUCCUUUUUUUUCCCCCACUUGUGCCUUUUCUUGUUUCUUCCACAAGUAAAGUAAUACUUCAUGGUGGCAUUUGCAAUUUCUUGUCACACACGUUUUCAUUCAGAAUCCACACGAUGAGUUGAAUCGGAUUCACAGUGGCGUGAAAAUGGUUGACUAGUGUGUUUUGUUUGUCGCUCCACGAUGGAACACAGACUACUGACAGGAGAUUUCCUCUCACACAGGCACAGUGCAUACUUAACUUUAUUUAUAUAGCACCUUUCACAAACAGAGUGUGCUUUACAGUAAAAACAAAGAAUAAAAGUAAAUAAAAUACCAAACAUAAAAGAUAAAGUGUAAGUGUAAAGUGCGUUAACCAGGUUCAGCACGUUGCCCCGGCGUCUCAGGAGUUCAUCAUUUCUCUGUGGCCAGUCGCCUGCUGCUGGAUGGAGGCUUUGUGCUGUGGUUCUGUGUUUUUGCUUCCUAUCGUUUCCCAACCUCCUAUAGAUGAAGCCACGCCCACUUCUGUAUGACGAAAGCCUCGACGGCGGCGUUCCCAUGGUGACGCGAGACAUGACAGCUGCUGUAGCUUGGAAAAUAGCAAUAUGGGGACUGAAUUUGAUGAAUUUACAGUUUAUCGGACUACAAAUGAGACAAAAAUGAGUUAGCUAGCUGUAUGUUCAGUGGGAGUCUGGUGCUGAGUAAUGGCUAUGAGUCAAGCAUAGAAGCUGUUUUAUUAGCUUAUCAUUUAGAAAGUUAGAACUGGCAGGUGAGGCAUUCCUUCGUGAUAAUAGCUUUAGCCUGUAUAGCUAGCUGUUACAGUGAGCUCAGCUGAAGGGCCGUAACUCAGUCUGAUGAAGUACAGCUUUUCCACUGCGGCCACUCGUUUUUGAUAGACUGGCUGGGGUUAAACUCUGCACCCAUCUUGUACCUUUUUAUAGGAGCCGAUGACUGUCUCUACCACAUGCUAAAGAGCUUCAGUCUUUCAUUGAUUAACAUUUUAAAAUGAUACAUGCAGUAUAUUGAUGGUUCACGAGUCCAUGACGACCGUUUAUGGAUGUGCUAACAGAUCAGUUACCUCAGUCAUCUUUGAAAAGCGCUAUUUUCCAAGCUACUGUCACAUGGCCGUGGUUUCCAUGGGAACGCAGCUGUCAGGCUUUUGGGCGUGGUUUCAUCUAAAGUCGAGUCCAACUCUGUUGCUGCUCCUUCAUUUUUCUGACCUUACAUGUAAAAGGUUCUCACUUUUUACAUGUAACAAAAUAGAUUUUAAGCUUACAUAACAUAUUUAGUCAAAGUAUGGAAAGAUUUCCAGAUGAAAUGUUUAAUCAGAGGCUUGUGAUGGUAUUGAAGUGGAGUGAGAACUCUGUUAUUGUGACAACACCAGUGAUCAUCAGAUGGUGGAUCAGUAAUCCUGUUCUGAGACUUUUUAUGCAUACACCACCUGCCAGACUUCCAGCAUCACACUCCAUCACCGAUCACCAACCAACCAACCAACCAACCAACCACAGCUCAGCCCACGCUGCACGCUGCACGCUGCGCACACACACGCACGCACGCAUGCACACUCAGGCACGCACGCACGCACACUCACGCACACUCACGCACGCACAUGUCUGACAGACAUGUGCGACCUAGCCCCUUACCCUAACGUUAACCAUCACAGCUAAAUGCCUGACCCGACCCCGACCCCGACUCUGACCCUGACUCUGACCCCGACCCGACCCGACCCGACUCUGACCCGACCCGACUCGACCCGACCCUGACCCUGACCUGACCCCCCCGACCCGACCCCGACCCGACCCGACCCGACCCCGACCCGACCCGACCCGACUCUGACCCUGACCCGACCCGACCCGACCCCGACUCUGACUCUGACCCCGACCCUGACCCUGACCCUGACCUGACCCUGACUCUGACCCGACCCGACUCUGACUCUGACUCUGACCCCGACCCGACUCUGACCCGGCCCGACCCGACUCUGACCCCGAGUCCUGGUGGUGUGUGUAUUCAUCACACACACCACUAAAUGUGAUGGUGUGAUUGGUCAGUUGCAGUGAUGUGGUGCUGCACAGAGUGAACACAAUCUCACACACACACCAGUCCUCUGGCAGUGUAUUGUUCAUGCACUCACUCGUGUUUACUGAGGGCCUUUUGCUUUGAACACACACUGUACGUUAAAGUUUGACACUCCCUGUUUGAAAGUAGAUCCGCAGGUGUGUCAGCUUUUCACAGGGAUGAUGGAUGUGUGUGUGCACUCCUCUGUAUUUGGUUCAGCAAUCAUGACAUUAUAGCUGCUCUGUGUUAUGAUGUGUGUGUGAGCCACGUGUGCAGGUAUUCUGGAGCCUUUGCUCUCUUCAGUGUGGGGGAACUUCAUGUCUGAUUCCCACUGAACUGUUACGUGCUGUUACGUUUCUUUUUUGAGGGAAAUGUGGUGUUUCAUAAAUAAAAAUGAAAGACAA